ACAAAUCCGUAAUAGGGGACAGGCUAAUCCUGUCACAGUAAGGAAGGAGCCCAGAGGAAGAAACUUCGUCUUCUUUACAGCUCCAAGCUACUGCCUUUCUGUUCACAUCUAUCCUUCCUUCUCUUGGAAAUCAGUGGAAAUGGGAGCUUCUGAAAAACCCAAAGCCCCAAUCUUGCUAGGGUUGCUACUGUUGACUCUGCUGGAAUCUGCGGCCGGGAGGUUCGUGGUGGAGAAGAACAACUUGAAGGUCUUCUCCCCUGACUCCAUCAAAGGAACUUACGAUUCUGCUCUUGGCAACUUCGGGAUUCCUCAGUAUGGCGGCAGCAUGACUGGGACUGUGGUCUACCCAAAGGAUAAUCGAAAGGGGUGUAAGGGCUUUGAUGGUUUUGGGAUUUCUUUCAGUUCCAAGGCCGGUUCCUUGCCCACCUUUGUUAUCGUCGAUCGCGGAGAUUGCCGUUUUGCGUUGAAGGCCUGGAAUGCUCAGAAUGCUGGUGCUUCAGCGAUCUUAGUUGCGGAUGAUGUUGAGGAAAGGUUGAUAACCAUGGACUCUCCUGAAGAGGAUGGUUCUUCUUCGAAUUACGUGGAGAACAUAACGAUUCCGUCUGCUCUUAUUGAGAAAAGUUUUGGGGAGAAGUUGAAGAAGGCGGUCAAGGAUGGGGAAAUGGUUCAUGUAAAUCUUGAUUGGAGAGAAGCUGUCCCUCAUCCCGAUGAUAGGGUGGAAUAUGAGCUAUGGACUAACAGCAAUGACGAGUGUGGGUAUAAGUGUGACAUGCUGAUGAAGUUUGUGAAGGAUUAUAAAGGUGCUGCCCAGAUCCUCGAGAAAGGUGGCUACACUGAAUUCACACCUCACUAUAUAACUUGGUAUUGUCCUCAGGCAUUUACAGUAAGCAGACAAUGCAAGCAGCAAUGCAUUAAUCACGGGAGAUAUUGUGCUCCUGAUCCUGAACAGGAUUUUAGCUCGGGUUAUGAUGGGAAGGAUGUUGUUAUUGAAAAUUUAAGGCAACUUUGUGUCUUUAAAGUUGCCAAAGAGACCAAAAAGCCAUGGAUUUGGUGGGAUUAUGUGACUGAUUUCCAAAUCCGCUGCCCCAUGAAAGAUAAGAAAUAUAACAAGGAAUGUGCUGAUGGUGUCAUCAACUCUUUAGGUCUUGAUCUGAAAAAGAUUGAGAACUGUAUGGGAGACCCCAAUGCUGAUGCUGAUAAUCCUGUUUUGAAAGAAGAGCAAGAUGCUCAAAUUGGUAAAGGAUCACGAGGUGAUGUCACCAUAUUGCCCACCCUUGUUGUCAACAAUAGGCAGUACCGAGGGAAGUUGGCAAAAGGUGCUGUAUUAAAGGCAAUUUGUGCUGGUUUUGAGGAAACUACCGAGCCUGCAGUUUGCCUUAAUGGAGAAAUGGAGACAAAUGAGUGCUUAGACCACAAUGGCGGCUGCUGGCAAGACGAAACUGCCAACAUUACAGCCUGCAAGGAUACUUUCCGGGGAAGAGUGUGCGAGUGCCCCUUGGUUGAUGGUGUGCAGUUUAAGGGAGAUGGUUACAAGUCUUGCAAGCCAAGUGGACCUGGCCGAUGCCAACUCAAUAAUGGAGGUUGCUGGCAUGAAACUCGAAAUGGACAUACUUACUCUGCCUGUGUGCCUUCUGAAGAGGGCAAGUGCACUUGCCCUCCGGGAUUCAAAGGCGAUGGUAAGAGUUGUGAAGAUAUUGAUGAAUGCAAAGACAAGACGGCCUGCCAGUGCCCUGAAUGCAGCUGCAAGAAUACCUGGGGUAGUUACGACUGCACUUGCAGUAAUGGCCUGUUGUAUAUCAGAGAUCACGAUACCUGCAUAAGUAAGAGAGCUACCCAAGUCAAAUCUGCAUGGGCUGCCGUGUGGGUCAUUUUGAUAGGAUUGGGCGUGGUUGCUGGUGGGGCAUAUCUCGUAUACAAAUAUAGGUUGCGGUCAUACAUGGACACGGAGAUCAGGGCCAUAAUGGCGCAGUACAUGCCACUCGACAACCAGAGCGAAAUUCCAAAUCACGUCAGUGAUAGCCGGGCUUGAGAGGCGUUCAUAUAAGUUCACACAACCGCGAGUCCUGCUGGAGAAGGAAACGCCCGAUCAUCAUUACUCCGUAUUCUUUUUUCAUAUUUUCGGAUAAUGAGGGAAUUACACAGUCACAUACUUGUCUCCAACGACAGUAGAUUAUUGUUUUUAAGAGUCAAAUAUGGACACAAUAAUGGUGGAACUAGUAAUCUUUUGUUGUCAUGUAACGCGACGAGUUAGGGAGUUUAGUGAAGGAACAAAAAUGGUGUUUAGUUCAUGCAUGCAUGCAGAUUGCAGCCAUGUAAAUGUUAUCUUGGAUGAAUGUUCCUCAUGCGUGCUUGAUCUUGAUUGAUGUAAGGGGAGUUAUAAUGCUACUUAAUUUGUACCCAUACAUUUUAGCAGUUGAAAUGAUGAUAGCUAGUCUUCCA